AAUCCUAUCUAUCUUUGGAGGAUGCAGCGGACAGGGCCGGACAGUCUCCGCAGCUGGGUGAUUGUUUUCUACUGCAGCCUGAUCAGCAUGAUGCUCUACGGCGUGGUCCGGCUCUCCGGAAUCAUGUUUGUAGCUUCAAUGGAACGAUUCCAAGUAGACAGACAAUCGGCAUCACUGCCUUAUAUUCUCUGCGAUUCUCUUCAAGCCAUGGCAGGUCCAAUAACGGGGUUCUUGAGUUUGAAAUUUGGAGCUCGGCAGGUGAUGAUGUUGGGAUCCUUCAUCGCAGCUGUCGGAACUGGUGCAUGUUUCUUCGCUGAAAACAUUGAAACCGUCACUGCUUUAUGGGGCGUCGUGUAUGGGUUGGGUUUCGGGUUGAGCAGUCUUUUGUUACCUGCAAUCAUCAUUCAACAUUUUGUCAAAAGACGAGCUAGUGCCAUCAGUUUGGUAUACUUCGGUGCCUAUGUAGGAUUUUCUUUCUUGCCGAGCAUAGCUGACUUACUCAUCCACACUUAUGGACUUUCGGGGACAUAUUUGUUCUUAUCGGGCUUCCUGCUGCAUUGCGUGCCUUUAUCCAUGUUAUUGAGAAAACCUGACCACAGUCAAGCUCAGAAAAUUCAGGAACUGAGACGAUCAAGCGCAGGAACUCAACGAUCUAGAGCCGCUAGCAUAAGCAUCGUAGGAGGAUAUCCAUUAUGCGUUGUGAAAGAACCCAGAUGCAGUAUAAUAGAAGAAUCAUUCGAUGAUCCUGGAAUUAUCCCGUCUGAAAAUGAGAAUUUUCAAAAUGAAUCGGAUAGAAAAGACAGUGUCACAACAAUUACUAACAGUAUUUCUCUAUAUAAUACUAGACAAAUCGAAUCAAGAAAACAAUCACUGUCACAUUUUGGGCGAGAUAAUGAAGGAUUCAGCAUAGAGGAUUUACCGAAACUUGAUCAUCAAUUUACUACGGACAUUUUUAAGCAAGAGAAAAAAUCCGAAUGCAUUGAAGAUCAAACAUACUAUUCCAAAACAAAUCCGAAGCUCCUGCACUUUCAAAGGAUCGAAAGUUCUUCAAAUAUAUUUACUAACCCCACAUCGAAAGAAUAUUAUACAGACAUUUCCUACAAUGAAGAAAUCGAAAAACGUGACAAGUUCCCAGAUGAAAUAUUUACAGUCUUCCCUAAACCAGCACGAAUAAGUAGAUCGGUAAGUGAUAGAUCUUUUUACGACCACUCAAUAAAAACAGACAAUAUAUCAAUAAGUACCAAUCAGGACCACUCGCAAAUACAUAGAGCUGCAAGCAUAUUGAAACAAGAAAUAACAAUUUCUAAAGGUAUGACAAUUUUCUUCGAGCCUAUGUUCUUAUUAGUACUAUUUGGCAAUGCAGUGUAUGCUUCUAGCUUCAUCGCCUUCAUCACUGUGAUUGUAGACUUUUCAAUAGACAUUGGCAUGUCAGAAUCUGACGGAAAAUAUAUAAUAAUGUUUUUCUCGAUAGCUAGUAACGUCGGUCUUCUAAGUUUCGGAUGGGUGACCGAUGGUGGUUAUCUCAGUUUAACGAGCUUCGCAGCGUUGAUGCUUCUUAUAAGAACAGUGACUUUAUGUGUAAUUCCAUAUUCCAGUGGAUAUAUUAUGCUGAUGACUGUAGUAAUUUUACAAGGUUUCUUCGAAGCUUCCUUAGCAAACAUAUUUCCACUCCUAGUUACUGAAUACUUUAUAGACGAAGUACAUGAACUUGCCAUCUCGUGCACGCUUUUUCUCUGUGGGCCUAUGUAUUUGGGUACGCCAGUGCUGAUAGGUUUCUUCCGGGAUGGCCUGGGUUCUUAUCUAUACCUCUUCCUACUGAUGGCCACUCUAUCUUUAAUCUGCAGUAUUCUUCAUUUCAUUGCUCCACUUUUGGCCAAAUGCAGAUGCGGUAGAGAUGACUGGAUUCUAAGAAAACGCGAAUCAUAAAAAGAAAAACGAAUACGUUUUCUUGUAAAUUGUAGAAAUGCAGAAAUAUUUAUUCAUUCUGAAUACAGAAAUCUGGGCCAAGUAUUUAUUAUAUUUAUUACUUUUGGUGAAAUAAUUUCAAAGUGGAAUGUUACAGAAAUGUCAUACAAGCAGUUUGUAAACAAGAAUUCCUUCAUCAACUUGUUUAUUCAUUUAGAGAUGAACCCAACAUGAAGAAUCCAGAUACCAAUGGAUUCAUUAUUUGACACUGACUUAAAUUUAAAAAAAUAUUCCUUCUUCCCAUCUGGAUGUUAAAAACUUUUUCAUCACUCGGCGUCAAAUGUCACUUUACGUCAUUUUUAUUUUAAGUGAAUGAGUUCUAAGAUCCUAAGUUAAGUCUUUUUUUCAAGCUUUCCAGUUUGAAAAAAGAAUGUUUCAAAGAAAGACUGAAUAUCGCAUUCGAAACCUCGAAACGUAUUGUUAAAUGUUGACCAGUUAUCAACGUUGGGUGUUACAAUUUCUCUCCACCUGGAUGAACCAUUUUGUUGGAGGUAAUAUCAGUAGUCGUUAGUUGAUGGGAAGUCGUAUGAUAGAAAACUCUGCGAAGUAUAUUUAAGAGAAAAGAAUCGACGAGAUAGUGUCUCCAUGCUACAUUACAAGUUCUCAACAAAUAAAAUCUUUGGUUUAUUAAAAGAAUUUCUGUAAAAGAGACAUUCCUCCGUCAUCAGAGCUUCAGAAUUUGAGCAAUCGGAGCUGCGGUAAUACAAGUUUUAGCAAGUAAUAUCGGGACACAAGAGAGUUGAAGGUUCUGGAUGCCAAGGUCAGUUAAGAUUGUAUUAGAUACUGAAAAUGGUACCGUGAAUAAAUAUGGAUGAGAAGGACUGUGAUAAAGAGAUUAUGAACAACCUGUACGAUAGUAAUAAACUAAAAAAAAUGCAAUAUUUUUUUUGGUGUUUUUUGAGUUCUCUCCCAAUAUGCAAUUCAAUAUUGAAAUUUACUACAGUUUUUAAACCUGAAUUGUCAUAUUUGUCUAUGUACCAAACUUCUUAUUUCUAUUUUUAAGCCAAGCAUCAUAUGUAUUCUUCAGGUUUU